CGUCAUUUACCCGCGACAGACGCACGCCUCACUUGAAUAUAGUCAGAUGUGUACGCACGUAAUGUCUCCCCUGUGGUAGAGCCGCAGACACUUUUGCGAUGAGCUCCAAGCGACAGCCAGGGCAAGGUGGCGACUCAGACACGGGGAAAAAGAGAAAGAAACGCGAGGAAGUGGCGGAACUGUCUGCGGUUGUAGAUGACGAGGAGGUGAAGAGGGCGGUGAGGGAGGCAUGGUCCCGGCGGGAGCACUACUCACAUGGGAAUCUGGAGCUGGACUGCCACCCGUUCCCACACUGUAUCAUCCAAAACUUCAUCAGCAGCGAGGCCUUUGUAGAGAACUUGCAAAGAGAACUGCUAGACCUCAGCUUCCACGAAAAGUCCAACGAUCUGUACAAAUUCAGACAGUCAGAUGACUUGAAGAAGCGAACAGAGGCACACAUCUCAGGCUUGAGGGCAGCAGUGUUUGGAAGGUUUCGUUCCUGGAUAGGAGAGGUACUGGGGGUUGAACUGGAGCCCACAGUGGACAUUUCUUGUGCCAAAUACCAUCACACCGAUGUUCUUUUAUGUCAUGAUGAUGAAUUGGAGGGAAGGCGUGUUGCUUUUAUUUUGUACCUCGUCCCUCCGUGGCAGAGCAGUGAUGGAGGAACCCUGGAUCUGUACUCCACAGACAGCCAUUUCCAGCCACAAAGUAUCGUGAAGUCGCUCGUGCCUUCCUGGAACACACUUGUCCUCUUUGAAGUUUCUCCGGUCUCCUUCCACCAGGUGUCGGAGGUUUUGUCUGAGGACAAGUGUCGUCUGUCUCUAAGUGGUUGGUUUCAUGGGCCGUCCUUAGAGCGUCCUCCUCGCCAUGUCGAGCCCCCUAUUCCAAGGAGCCCACACUUGCCAAGAGAUGAGACACUGUUGCUGGAGUGGGUGAAUCCCAUGUACCUGGACAUUUCUUACCAGGAACAAAUUCAGGAGGAAUUUGAAGAGAGCUCUGAAAUUCAGCUCAAAGAUUUUCUCAAGGAGGAGAAGUUCAGGGAGGUGAAUGAAUCACUACGGCUCAGUCAAGUCCAGUGGACAAGGAGAGGUCCGCCCAAUAAGAGGUGCUAUGAAGUGGCCUCACUGGAGACCGUGCCUCCAUGUGUGAGCGCAUGUUGGGAGCUGCUUCGUUCAGAAGCUUUCUUCCUGCUUCUCUCCAACUUCACCGGUCUCAGAUUGCACUACCUUUGUCCCAAUGAUGAAGACGAUGAAAAUGAAGAUGCAGAGAAAGAGAGGAAAGAGCACGACACCGCAAAGGAUGGAGAAGCCACGGGGUCUUUAACAGAGACACCAUCAGCAAAUAAAAGCAGAGAGAAAGAGCUAAGCACACCGGAGUGUUUUGGGGAGCUGCGGCGCUGGUCUCAUGGGGACUACACUCUGUUGCAUGAUGGAGAUGCAGCAAGAGCAGAGUAUGCGCUGGACCUUGUUCUGCCUUUUGGCUGCUCUGACUGGCAGCCGGAAUUUGGGGGCUUCACUUCUUACAUCGCUAAUGAAGAGGAUGAGGAGCUCCUGACGGUGUAUCCAGAGGAAAAUUCUCUCGCCCUUGUCUACAGAGACAAGGAAACACUCAAAUUUGUCAAACAUAUCAAUCACAAAAGCUCCUCUCAACCAGCUGGUGCUUCUGCCUGUAGAACAUUUUAUGACUUCUCUUUUGUAUACUAUGAAUAAAUGUAUUUGCCUGUCUUGA